CAUCUCCUCUGCUGCCCAAUAGCAGCUCCCCCCUCGAUGACGACAAAGACUACCUGACGCUUCAGAACAUCGAUAGUUUCUGGUCAAUGAAGUCACCCGAAUUCGGGACACAUUUCGACGUCCACUCUUGGCUGGAAUCGACGUUCCAUCAGGCACUAUCCUAGUCACGGAGUACAGGGCAUCUCACAGAAUCGAGCAACGCAGCACCUAAGGUGCAUCCUCCUCGAUAUCAUCCGGGUCUACAAUCUCUCGUGCGCAUUUCACUAUAGACAUGUCAGUGCCUUCAACGUACAAACCGUCUCCCCUGGGUUAUGGGACCGGGUCCGCUCGGUCCUCGCCGUUUCGCCGACCGCAAUCACCCGCAUCGGCUGCACCUCUGCGGCAGACUACACCAUCAGCAACACCGACAAAGGAAGGGUUCUCUGAAGUCCGCGCGAAGUUCAUGGGCAGCUCAGUCACAAGCCCAACACCGCAAGAGCCCCGAACAUCUCGAGGACAUGCAACAGUCGAAGAUGGCCUGAAUACACAUGUUCUCGAACAGCGCAGCAUACCUCGACCGACGACCUCAAACUCGGUAGGCCACGGCAACGCGCUUUCCCAGUUACAGCCCUCGCAGGUCCGCACGAUGCGGGAGGCGUUCCAGAUUCUUGAUCGCGACAGCGACGGCGUCGUAACUAGGGAAGACGUCGCGGAUAUGCUCAAUCAACUGGGGCUUCCAUCGAGUGCCGGAGAUAUCUCCCACUUCUUCCCUCCGUCGGCACCGCAGACCAUGACAAUGGCGUUGUUUCUCAACUCGAUAGCAUCAUCCUUGGCCGCCUUAUCACCGAGCUCGGAGCUUCUGUCUGCCUUUUCAGCGUUCGAUGACGACGACAGCGGUCAAAUUGACGUCGCAGAGCUAAGGGAUGCAUUACUGCACACAGCACCAGAGCCUGGCCAGGAGCCUUUGACGGCGCUGGACGUCGAGAAGGUGAUUGCUGGUUUCACAGGGCGCAGGGCUUUCAGCAAACACACAGCAGCAGGCCUGGGCAAGCGGGGAGAAGUAUUCAGGUACCAGGAUUUUGUCAACACGAUCGCUGGUGGAAACGGGACUGCCGCGCAGGCUCCUCACGAUUCGGAGGACGAAUGAGUCCAUUCGGUGUGCCAACUCUGCUGUUCGCAUCGGUCGUGGGUGGGAGCGAUGAACGACAGACCGGAAAGGUGGCUGGGCAUUUGACACAUGUUGGGGUUUGGCAAACGGUUGGAUGGUAUCCAGGGACAUGCUAACUGAUGCUUGUUAACGGUAGUAAUAACAUAGCAACGACACAAUUGGAGCCUAUCAAACCUAGGGUAGGCUUUUGGGGGCCAGUCACUGAACUGUUCCCAGCCAAUACGAACGACUUGGCCAAGUGUCAGACUGGC